UCUUCGCCUGCAUCUGCUUUCUAGCAUACCUUCUUUACAUAUUUAUAUCUGUGACUGAAGAUUGCUUAUUACGGCUCUAAUGUAGCGGGACCCUUGAGUGUGCAAGUCUCGCGGGGCUCCGGGCCCCUUACACUAGAGCUGAUACUUAGAUGCAACAUCAACAUCAUUUGCACCACAUUUUGCGUUAGGGCUGGGGCCUGGAAUCAAGACGUGUCAGACUGGCUUGACAACAGCCUCCAGCUAUUAUGCAUCUUCAAACACAAAGGGCUUGCUUACUAGCUCAGGGAAAGCCCAGAGUGCUGCUCCGCUCGGUGUGCCCCGCCGCGCUAGGGUCGUUGCGAUGGGCCCUUCAGUCGAGCUCACGCGGGGAAAGUCACUUGCAGCAACUAGAUGUGCAAACAGCUGCUAGCGUCAGUCACUGGGAGAGCGAGGCGGCGACGGUGGCGACCGCAUCGGUCUUGCAAGACACGGCGACUCCCUCCGCAACGGCUGUUGGGGACGCUGAGGCGGGGCCGGGGCACGCCAUGCCGCACAGCCACCUGCAGCAGCACGCGCCACAGCACGCGGUGUCGCAGCGGCACCCCGCCGACCAGCAGCACCUCCUGCAGCAGCAUCACCACCUCGCCCACCACCACAACCACCACCUCGCCCACCACCACGACGAGCAGCACCACCAGCUGCAGCUCCAGGCUGGCCACGCGCACGGCCUAGCAGCGGAGUCAGAGGCGCACCUCCUGACGCAUGCCUCCACCUCUGCCGCAGCCGCGGCGCCCCAUUCCAGCAGCAGCAGUGGCGCUGACAACGGUUACGGUGUCAGCAGCAUCACCACCGACAGCAGCGGCCACGCGCACGCUCACGAACACGAGCACACACACGCCAGCGUCAGCCAUGCCACUGGCGGCAGCGGGCAGGUGCUCGAGGUGUACCGGUCAGGCUUGACGGCGCCGCUUGUGUUGGGCCUGGGCCACGCGACAAACCCCACAGCUGGCGGCAGCGGUGGCAGCGCCGCAUUUACGCUGCCGGCGCCGCGCGCCUCACCGGCGCCGGACACACGCGGGCCACGUGGCCUGUCGUCGGCCACGGCGGCUGCCGCCACCGCCUCGUUCACGGCGGCAACGGUCACCGCGCCGGCGACCGGCGUGUCGUCGCCUCUGGCCUCGCCCACCUCCAGCACCGAGUGGCUGAGCUCCGUGGACAGUGACAGCGAGAUGUGUGUGUUGGUGCCGGACCCGGAGGGAGGAGACAUACAGAUGGUGUGUGAGUCGGACCCGACCCACCCCAUCAGCCUGGCGGAGGAGGCGGUGCUGCACCCGCUGGUGCCCACCAGCCUGCUGCAGGACAUUGAGCGCAAGCUGGAGGCGGACCUGUCCACCAUCGCCAUCACCAUCGUCUUCGCCAUGGGAUUCAUUUGCCUAGAGUUCGGCGUGAACGACCUCAUCGAGAUCUUCUUCGGCCACUCGGUGGUCAGCGACCUGACCUGCAUUGGCAUCGGGCUGGUGGUGGUGUUCGGGGUCAAGGUCAGCAAACGGCCGCUGCUGCGGCUAGACAGGUGGAGCUAACGCGCGUGAGGCGCUAGCUGUGGGGCCGGGCAGACUGGCACCACCGCAAGGCUGCCAAUGGCGUGGCUGCCGGCGGGACUGGUGGCGCAGGAGGGUUGCUGGUGAGGGAGCAGUAAGGGCGUAAGACCGCCGAACAGCAUAGGCUAGAGAGAGAAGAAAAUCACAGUACAGCACCGUAAAUAAGGCGCGAGCAAUUUUACCGCGCGUAUAAGCUCGGAGAGGCCACAUCAUUUGGAUCGUCUGAGGGAUGGAUUGUGAUGGGAACUGAAGGCGGUGGUUCCCAUUGGUACUGUGCUCGGGGGCUGUGAACCUUCCCGGUAAGAUCAGGGUGCGUGUUGGUUGGUGUCCCAUGGUGAGCAUUGAAUGGAUCUUCCUAGAGUUUCGACUGGUUUUAUUUCAUAAAAGCUGCGAUUUGGAGGAUAAGAGCAACGCCGCCGUGUUACGGUGCCGUUUGCGGGGCGGGGCAUCGCGGGGCAUCCCGGUCGUCCUACGACUGUGGAGCAGCAAGGGCUUGCAGGGGUUCCCGGAAACAAUGUUUGGGGACAUGUGUGCUCCCGGAGUGCUUGAGCGCAUGGCACAACGCAUGUUAGCGUGUAUGAGUUCGCUGCCGGUAGCCCGUGACGCUUUGGGGGUCGAACAGCGGUAUGGCUGCAGCUGCAGUGCACAUGGAACAAGUUCCGAACGCUCGUCUUGUCACACGUCAUGGAGAAGAAUGCAGGCGGCCGUUCAUUCAAGAGUGACGCUGCGGAGUGGAGUUCUGCAUGUGAGGUUAGAUGGCGGGGGCAUGACCGGACUGUUGCAGGUGCGGUAACUUACGCACAUGUGAGUAUGCCGCUCGCUUGCAGGCGUGCACGAGAGGUGCGGGAGGUUUGCCGGAGGGUUGAGGUCGGUCGCCGGUCGUGUUGAUGCCGGAGACUGACGGGGGGCGCGAAACCAUGGGUAGGACGGAUGCGGAGGGAUAUGCAGGUGGGGUCCCGCGCUUGGGUUGACAGGGGUGCGCACGCUGCACAGCCAUGGUGUUGAGGGGUUUGGCCCGACGCGGCGUAGUGGUGCUGGCCUUGCGGUGCUGGCCUUGCGGUGCUGGCUGAGCGUUUGCGGAUGUGGUGAGCAUGGGUGCCGGAGAAAUGUGAUGUACAGAUACGUGUCGACGCGGCCAUACAAUUAUUGCGUUGUCAGCGAUCCGCCCAGUGUAUGUUUUUGGGGUCGGAUGCAGCAAUGCCGUGCAAUGGUACCGUAUUUCAAUGUAAGUUGCUGGUGAG